AUGCCGUACGAGUACCCGGACGUCGAGAAGAAUGGAGGGGUGGUGAAUGCUGGCAGCAGCAGUAACAGCGGCGAGUACGAGAAGCGGAAUGCACAUAUCGUCCAUGAAGAUGGCGCUGUCCCAGGCGAGAGCUUCGAGUAUGGCAACGGAUGGUAUGCGAAGAUCCAAAGGCUAGCGGGCAAGUUCCAUGUCGAGCAGAGAGGUAUCGAGAGAGUGCCAGAGGACGAGCGGACGGAUACUGGUGUCAAGGCGUUGCUGAACGUCUCGACGAUGUGGUUCUCCGCCAACAUGGUCGUCUCGUCCUUCGCCAUCGGUAUCCUGGCCAAAGAGCUCUUCUACCUUGGAGUCGCAGACGCCAUGCUCAUCUGCCUCUUCUUCAACCUGAUCGGUGUCAUGACUGUCUGCUUCUUCUCAACGUUCGGCCCACGAUUCGGCUUGCGCCAAAUGGUCCUGUCUCGAUUCUGGUUUGGCUGGUGGGGAGUGAAGCUCAUCGCCAUCUUCAACGUCCUGGCAUGUAUCGGCUGGUCGUCUGUCAACUCCAUCGUCGGCGCGCAACUCAUCAACGCCGUAAAUAGCGACGUCCCUGGCUUCGCCGGUAUUCUGAUCAUCGCCUUCUGCACCAUGUUCGUUUGCUUCUUUGGCUACAAGAUCGUCCAUGCGUAUGAGUUCUGGUCCUGGCUGCCAGCGACGAUCAUCUUCCUCAUCGUGCUCGGCGUGUUUGCCCACAGCGGCGACUUCGUCAAUAUCCCCAUGGGUGUAGGCAAGUCUGAGCUCGGUGGAUGCCUUUCCUUCGGCGCCACAGUCUACGGCUUCGCCACGGGCUGGACCUCGUACGCCGCAGACUACACAGUCUACCACCCAGCCAAUCAGUCCCGCCGCAAGGUCUUCUUCGCGACGUGGAUCGGCCUCAUCAUCCCCCUGCUCUUCACUGAGAUGCUCGGCAUCGCCAUCAUGUCCGCCACAGACAUCGACGGCGGCAACAACCGCUACCAGACCGGCUACGAGGCCUCAGGAACCGGUGGUCUCCUCGGCGCAGUCCUCAUCUACCACCUCGGCACCUUCGGCAAGUUCUGCCUCGUCGUCCUCGCCCUGACCAUCAUCGCCAACAACUGCCCCAACAUCUACUCCGUCGCUUUGACCGUACAAGUCCUCUCCCGCUACACCGCCCGUGUGCCUCGAUUCAUCUGGACCGCCAUCGGCACAGGGGUCUACAUUGCCAUCGCCAUCCCAGGCUACUCGCACUUCGAGACGGUCCUCGAAAACUUCAUGAACUUCAUCGGGUACUGGCUCGCCAUCUACAGCGGCAUCUCCCUGACCGACCACUUCUACUUCAGACGUGGCUUCUCCGGCUACAAUCCCGAGGAUUACGACAAGCCGGGCAAACUGCCACCAGGUAUCGCCGCCGUCGCCGCUUUCUGCUGUGGUGUCGCAGGAAUGGUGACAGGCAUGAGCCAGACCUGGUUCGUUGGUCCCAUCGCGCUACAUGCUGGCGAGGCGCCCUACGGUGGCGAUGUCGGGUUCGAACUUGGAUUCGCCUUCUCGGCAGUGGGCUAUCUCGUUCUGAGAACCCUCGAGUUGAAGUAUUUCCAUCGGUAG